AUGGGACCACGCGGCUUGCGUGGGAAACCAGGACCUCGUGGAAACAAAGGCUCUGAUGGGAAAAAUGGUAUGCCAGGCCAAUUGAGCUUUUCUAGACCAAGAAUAGGGCCACCUGGGCCUCAAGGCGAUCGUGGAAAACCCGGUCAACCUGGUGAUGACGGUCCACCUGGAAUACUAGGAAAAACUGGAUACAUUUAUUACCGUAUAAAAGCACUACCCGGUCCGCAAGGACGAUCAGGACAACCUGGACCUCCAGGCUUGAUAGGAUCUACGGGCAGUCCAGGUAUUCCAGGUGCAAUGGGACAAAUUGGUAAUCGUGGAAGGCCUGGUGCUCAAGGGAGAAACGGUGACCCUGGGAUAUCUGGAAGACAUGGGCCACAUGGAAGAGACGCUUCAUAUUGUCCAUGCCCUCCCAGAUCAGUGUUUAUCGAAAAAUUAUAA